UAUACAGGUGAGACGUUCACAUUUGGAUUAAAAGAGAAAGAUGAAUCAACUAAGGCCACUGAGAAAAUACCUGAGCUUCUUCCAGAGAAGAAGGAUGCUGCUCAUUUGCCUUCCACUCAAUUCCAAGAAAAACAAAUGGAGACACACGAGGAAGUGAAAGCAGCAACCAACAUAGAAGUGACAUCAGAAGAGAAGGAGGCCAGUCAAAAGAGCAGUUUAUAUAGUCCACCAAAGAGUACCUCUGAGCAUCUUCCUCAGGAGACGAAGGCUGCAAGUAUACAUGCCACUACUGCUCAGGAAGGAGCACUUAUGACAAAUGAACAAAGCAAAGAAGCAGCCAAAGUCCAGGAAGUGACAUCAAAAGUACAGGAAGCCAUUGAUGAGGGCAGUGAAACAGAUAUGUCCUUGAGUUUUUUUGACCAACUUUCUCAAAGAGAAACAUCUACAACAUAUGAUCAAAUAAAAGGAGCAGCAGCAGACUGUGCACUGACAACAGAACUGCAGAAAGACAGUCAUGACAACAAAAAAAUUAGUAACUCAAGGGUAUGGAAAGGCAGUCUUGGUGACAAUGAAACUGAUGAAUCACUGAGUAUCUCUUGGCUUCAUUCUGAGAAGAAAGAAGUUGAUAAUAUAUAUGCCACUCUUGCUGAAAGAGGACAACAUAUGUCAAAUGUGCAAAAGAAAGCAGUAACUGCAAUGAAAAUCAAAGAAGACAAGGCCAACCUUAGUGGCAGUGACAAGUCUCUAUCAUGGAGCACUUUUAAAUCUCUUUCUGAGAUUAAAGAAGAUUUUCAUAUGACUACUCAUCAAAGACAAAAAAGUAUGACAUACUCACAAAUAAAGGCAGCAGAGCCUAUAGUGAAAACAGAAGGUGGCCAAGAUAGCCAUGACGACAAUGACAAGCCUGAACCAUGGAGCACUUCUGAGUCAAUUUCUGAGAUUAAAGAAGAUUGUCAUAUGACUAUUCAUCAAAUCCAAAAAUUUAUGACACACUUUUCACAAAUAAAGGAAACAUCAACAGUCUGUGCUGUGGCACCAGAAAGGCAGAAAACCAGUCAUGGAGACAGUGAAAUGGAUAUACCAAGGAGUAUUUCUGAGCCUCUUUCUGAGAAGAAAAAAGACAGUCAUAUAAGUAUUGCCCAAAGACCAAAACAAACAACACAUUCACAAAGAAAAGAAGUAUCAGCAGAUUAUGCUGUGAAACCAGUAAUACAGAAAACCAGUCAUGGAGAUAGUGAAAUGGAUAUAUCAAUGUGUAUCCCUGAGUCUCUUUCUGAGAAGAAAGAAAUUGAUAGUAUAUGUGACACUUCUACUAAAGCAAGACAACAAAUGGCCAAUGAACAAGUAAAAGUACCAGAGCCUAUAGUGAAAAUAGAAGCCAGCCGAGACAGCCAUGGUGACGAUGACAAGGCUGAGUCCCAGAGCAUUUCUGAGCCUCUUUCUGAGAAGAAAGAACAUGAUCAUAUAACUAUUGCUCAAAGUCCAAAACCUACAACACAUUCAAAAAUACAAGAUGCAUUACCAGAUCAUCCCGUAAAACCAGAAAUUCAGAAAGCCAGUCAUGGAUAUAGCAAAAUGGAUAGACCACUGACGUUGUGGCGCAUGCCAGUAAUCCCGGCAAUCGGAAAAGAGUGGGAGGAAUAUCACUGUCAGUCCAAGGCCAACCAGAGAAAACAAAGUGAAUUCCAGAAGCUUAUCCAUGACACUCUUUCUAAGAAGAAAGAAGAUGAUAAUGUACGAGGCACUACUACUAAUGCAAGACAACAAAGGUCAAAUAUACAAGUAAAAGUACCAGAGCCUAUAGUGAAAAUAGAAGCCAGCCGAGACAGCCAUGGUGACGAUGACAAGGCUGAGUCCCAGGAGUUGAGGCGCAUGCCAGUAAUCCCACCAAUUGGAAGGCAGUGGGAGGACUAUCACUGUGAGUCCAAGGCCAACCAGAGACAACAAAGUGAAUUCCAGAAGAUUAUCCAUGACACUCUUUCUAAGAAGAAAGAAGAUGAUAAUGUACGAGGCACUACUACUAAUGCAAGACAACAAAUGUCAAAUAUACAAGUAAAAGUACCAGAGCCUAUAGUGAAAAUAGAAGCCAGCCGAGACAGCCAUGGUGACGAUGACAAGGCUGAGUCCCAGGAGUUGAGGCACAUGCCAGUAAUCCCACCAAUUGGAAGGCAGUGGGAGGACUAUCACUGUGAGUCCAAGGCCAACCAGAGACAACAAAGUGAAUUCCAGAAGAUUAUCCAUGACACUCUUUCUAAGAAGAAAGAAGAUGAUAAUGUACGAGGCACUACUACUAAUGCAAGACAACAAAUGUCAAAUAUACAAGUAAAAGUACCAGAGCCUAUAGUGAAAAUAGAAGCCAGCCGAGACAGCCAUGGUGACGAUGACAAGGCUGAGUCCCAGGAGUUGAGGCACAUGCCAGUAAUCCCACCAAUUGGAAGGCAGUGGGAGGACUAUCACUGUGAGUCCAAGGCCAACCAGAGACAACAAAGUGAAUUCCAGAAGAUUAUCCAUGACACUCUUUCUAAGAAGAAAGAAGAUGAUAAUGUACGAGGCACUACUACUAAUGCAAGACAACAAAUGUCAAAUAUACAAGUAAAAGUACCAGAGCCUAUAGUGAAAAUAGAAGCCAGCCGAGACAGCCAUGGUGACGAUGACAAGGCUGAGUCCCAGGAGUUGAGGCACAUGCCAGUAAUCCCACCAAUUGGAAGGCAGUGGGAGGACUAUCACUGUGAGUCCAAGGCCAACCAGAGACAACAAAGUGAAUUCCAGAAGAUUAUCCAUGACACUCUUUCUAAGAAGAAAGAAGAUGAUAAUGUACGAGGCACUACUACUAAUGCAAGACAACAAAUGUCAAAUAUACAAGUAAAAGAAGCAGAGCCUACAGUGAAAAGAGAAGGCAGUCGCGACAGUCAUGGUGACGGUGACAAGGCUGAGUCACGGAAUAUUUCUGAGCCUCUUUCUAACAAGAAAGAAGACGUUCAUAUGACUGUUGCUCCAAGAUCAAAACAUAUGACACAUUCUCAAAUAAAAGCAGCAGAGUCAAUAGUGAAAAUAGAAGGCGGCCGCAAAAGCCAUGGUGACGGUGACAAGGCUGAGUCACGGAGUAUUUCUGAGCCUCUUUCUAAGACAAAAGGAGAUGGUCAUAUAACUAUUGCUCAAAGACCAAAACAUACAACACAUUCACAAAGUAAAGAAGCAUCAGAAGAUCAUACUGUGAAACCUGAAAUACAGAAAGUCAGUCAUGGAAACAGUGAAAUGGAUAUACCAAAGCAUAUCCCGGAGUCUCCUUCUGAGGUGAAAGAAGCUGAUAAUUUACAUGGCACUACUACUGAAGCAAGACAACGACCGGCAAAUGUACAAAUAAAAGCAGCAGAGCCUAUAAUGAAAAUAGAAGGCAGCCGAAACAGCCAUGGAGACAGUGACAAGGCUGAGUCACAGCAGCGUAUUUCGGAGUCUCUUUCUAAGAAGAAAGAAGUUGAUAAUUUACAGGACACUACUACUAAAGCAAGACAAGGAAUGUCAAAUGUACAAAUAAAAGCAGCAGAGCCUGUAGUGAAAAUAGAAGGCGGUCGCGACAACCAUAGCGACAGUUACAAGGCUGAGUCACGGAGUAUUUCUGAGCCUCAUUCUAGCAAGAAAGAAGAUGGUCAUAUAAAUGUUGCUCAAAGACCAAAACAUCCAACACAUUCACAAAUAAAAGAACCAUCAGCAGAUGAUACUGCAAAACCGGAAAUACAGAAAACCAGCCAUAGAGACAGCAAAAUGGACCUACUAAUGCAGCGUAUCCCUGAGUCUCUUCCUGAGAAGAAAGAAGUUGAUAAUGUACCUGGCACCACUACUAAAGCAGGACAACGAAUGGCAAAUGUACAAAUAAAAGCAGCAGAGCCUAUAAUGAAAGUAGAAGGCAGCCGAGACAGCCAUGGUGACAGUGACAAGGCUGAGUCACGGAGUAUUUCUGAGCCUCUUUCUAAGAAGAAAGAAGAUGGUCCUAUAAGUAUUACUCAAAGAAAACAAACAACACAUUCGAAAAUAAAAGAAGCAUCAGAAGUUCAUACUGUGACACCAGAAAUACAGAAAGCCAGUCGUGGAGACAGUGAAAUGGAUAUACCAAUGCAGCGCAUUUCUGAGUCUCUUUCUGAGAAGAAAGAAGUUGAUAAUUUACAGGACACUACUACUAAAGCAAGACAAAGAAAUUCAAAUGUACAAAUAAAAGCAGCAGAGCCUGUAGUCAACAUAGAAGGCGGCCAUGACAGCCAUAGCGACAGUUACAAGGCUGAGUCACGGAGUAUUUCUGAGCCUCGUUCUAACAAGAAGGAAGAUGGUCAUAAAACUAUUGCUAAACGACCAAAACAUACAAAACAUUCACAGAUAAAAGAAACAUCAGCAGAUCAUACUGCAAAACCAGAAAUAAAGAAAGCUAGCCAUAGAGACAGCAAAAUGGGUCUAUUAACGCCUAUGCCUGAGUCUCUUUCUGAGAAGAAAGAUGUUGAUAAUUUACAGGACACUACUACUAAAGCAAGACAACAAAUAUCAAAAGUACAAAUAAAAGCAGCAGAGCCUGUAGUCAACAUAGAAGGCGGCCAUGACAGCCAUAGCAACAGUUACAAGGCUGAGUCACGGCAGAGUAUUUCUGAGCCUCAUUCUAGCAAGAAAGAAGAUGGUCAUAAAACUAUUGCUCAACGACCAAAACAUGGAAAACAUUCACGGAUAAAAGAAGCAUCAGCAGAUCAUACUGCAAAACCAGAAAUACAGAAAGCCAGCCAUAGAGACAGCAAAAUGGAUCUACUAAAGCAGCAUAUGCCUGAGUCUCUUUCUGAGAAGAAAGAAGUUGAUAAUUUACAGGACGCUACUACUAAAGCAAGACAACAAAUGUCAAAAGUACAAAUAAAAGCAGCAGAGCCUGUAGUGAAAAUAGAAGGCGACCGUGACAGCCAUACCGACAGUUACAAGACUGAGUCACAGCAGAGUAUUUCUGAGCCUCAUUCUAGCAAGAAAGAAGAUGGUCAUAAAACUAUUGCUAAACGACCAAAGCAUGCAAAACAUUCACAGAUAAAAGAAGCAUCAGCAGAUCAUACUGCAGAACCAGAAAUACAGGAAGCCAGCCAUAGAGACAGCAAAAUGGAUCUACUAACGCAUAUGUCUGAGUCUCUCUCUGAGAAGAAAGAAGUUGAUAAUUUACAGGACACUACUACUAAAGCAAGACAACAAAUGUCAAAAGUACAAAUAAAAGCAACAGAGCCUGUACUGAAAAUAGAAAGUGGCCGCGACAGCCAUAGCGACAGUUACAAGGCUGAGUCACAGCAGAGUAUUUCUGAGCCUCAUUCUAGCAAGAAGGAAGAUGGUCAUAAAACUAUUGCUCAACAACCAGAACAUGCAAAACAUUCACAGAUAAAAGCAUCAGCAGAUCAUUCCGCAAAACCAGAAAUAAAGAAAGCUAGUCGUAGAGGCAGAAAAAUGGGUCUAUUAACGUGUAUGUGUAGGUGUGUUUCUGGGAAGAAAGAAGUUGAUAAUGUACAGGACACUACUACUGAAGCAAGACAACAAAUGUCAGAAGUACAAAUAAAAGCAGCAGAGCCUGUAGUGAAAAUAGAAAGCAGCCGUGACAGCCAUAGCGACAGUCACAAGGCUGAGUCACAGCAGAGUAUUUCUGAGCCUCAUUCUAGCAAGAAGGAAGAUGGUCAUAAAACUAUUGCUCAAAGACAAAAACAUGGAACACAUUCACAGAUAAAAGAAGCAUCAGCAGAUCAUACUACAAAACCAGAAGUACAGAAAGCCAGCCAUAGAGACAGCAAAAUGGAUCUACUAACACAGCAUAUGUCUGAGUCUCACUCUGAGAAGAAAGAAGUUGAUAAUUUACAGGACACUACUACUAAAACAAGACAACAAAUGUCAAAAGUACAAAUAAAAGCAGCAGAGCCUGUAGUGAAAAUAGAAAGCAGCCACAACAGCCAUAGCGACAGUUACAAGGCUGAGUCACAGAGUAUUUCUGAGCCUCAUUCUAGCAAGAAGGAAGAUGGUCAUAAAACUAUUGCUCAAAGACAGAAACAUGGAACACAUUCACAUACAAAAGAAGCAUCAAGAGAUCAUACUACAAAACCAGAAAUACAGAAAGCCAGCCAUAGAGAUAGCAAAAUGGAUCUACUAACCCAGCGUAUCCCUGAGUCUCUUUCUGAGAAGGAAGAAGUUGAUAAUAUAUGUGGCACUGCUAUUAAAGCAAGACAACAACUGGCAAAUGUACAAACAAAAGAAGCAGAGCCUACAGUGAAAAUAGAAGUCGGCCAAAACAGCCAUGGUGACAGUGACAAGGCUGAGUCAUGGCAGCGUAUCCCUGAGUCUCUUCCUGAGAAGAAAGAAGUUGACAAUGUACCUGGCACCACUACUAAAGCAGGACAACAAAUGGCAAAUGUACAAAUAAAAGCAGCAGAGCCUAUAAUGAAAGUAGAAGGCAGCCGAGACAGCCAUGGUGACAGUGACAAGACUGAGUCACGGAGUAUUUCUGAGCCUCUUUCUAAGAAGAAAGAAGAUGGUCCUAUAAGUAUUUCUCAAAGAAGAAAACAAACCACACUUUCAAAAAUAAAAGAAGCUUUAGCAGUUCAUACCCUGACACCAGAAAUACAGAAAGCCAGUCGUGGAGACAGUGAAAUGGAUAUACCAAUGGUGGAAGAAAAACAGAAGACACACCAAAGCAAUGAAAUGGACAUAUCAGAGAAGACAUAUUAUAGCAAUGUUUCUGACACUGAAAAUGAUUUGACUCAACAAAGUCAGGGCAAGACAUCUGAGAAACCACAAAAUCUUGUUCAAAUGAAAGAACAUGCUAGGUUGGCCUUCAAACAAGAAGCUGAGCAAGGAAAAGAUGUGUAUAUGCUUUCUGAAAAUAUGAAGAAACAGCUCCAGAAAAUAGAAAAGAAAUAUGAAAAGGAAGUCAAAGUCAGGAAACAACUAGAAAUGUCUCUUCGAGCUCAAGAUGUGGAAUUGAAGAGAUGGAAGAAAACAAAGGAGAUUGAAGAUGAAAAUAUAAUGUUAAAGAAAAAACUUGUAGAAUUUGAGCAUUCGCUAAAAUCAACAGCACAUGAUUUGAAUGAGAAAAUUGUUGGAUUGGAAAAGAAACUACAACGGUACACAGAUCUCUUAGAAGAAGCAACAAAGAGAUCAAGUAAUUCAAAAAAUGAAGGCAUACCUCAUGACACGAAACACUUUUACCAUAAGAUUGAAAUAAUUAACACAACACACGAGCAUAAGGUCUCUCGGCUGGAGCAUACAACUGAAAAGCUCAAAUCUAAGCUCUUUGAGAUGGAGACACAAAAUUGUCUAGCUACAAUCAAAACAGAAAAGUAUAAGACAUUAGACCAAGAAGUGAGAGUAAGAAAAGCUCAAAAACAGAGCAUGUGUCCUGUGCAAUUUACUAUGGAGACUGACCAAAGACGUUCAGAACCAGAAGAUUUAAGAACAGCAAAUGUAAAUCCAAGGUCUUCUGUGGAGAGUCCUAACUUCAACCUAGCCAGACUGAAAGAGCAGUAUCUCAAAAAAUUACAAUGUAAUCAAAAUUCUUCAGAUAGAAGUUCACAAAAAUACCCAUUGACACAUCUGUUAAAUGAAUGCAAUAAUAGAAAUACUAAAGAAGAGUCAGAAACAUCGUCUAGACUACCAAAGCGUCCUGUGCAAUUUAGUUUGGGGACUGACCAAAGACAUUCAGAACCAGAAGACUUAAGGACAGCAAACGUAAACCCAAGGUCUUCUGUGGAGAGUCCUAAUUUCAACCUAGCCAAACCGAAAGAGCAAUAUCUCAAAAAAUUACAAUGUAAUCAAAAUUCUUCAGAUAGAAGUUCACAAAAAUACCCAUUGACACAUCUGUUAAAUGAAUGCAAUAAUAGAAAUACUAAAGAAGAGUCAGAAACAUCGUCUAGACUACCAAAGCGUCCUGUGCAAUUUAGUUUGGGGACUGACCAAAGACAUUCAGAACCAGAAGACUUAAGGACAGCAAACGUAAACCCAAGGUCUUCUGUGGAGAGUCCUAAUUUCAACCUAGCCAAACCGAAAGAGCAAUAUCUCAAAAAAUUACAAUGUAAUCAAAAUUCUUCAGAUAGAAGUUCACAAAAAUACCCAUUGACACAUCUGUUAAAUGAAUGCAACAAUAGAAAUACUAAAGAAGAGUCAGAAACAUCGUCUAGACUACCAAAGUAA